GGGCACAGGGUCCUCCAGCUGUAACGCAGGAAAAUAUUAACCAGAGAGAGGAACCAGAAAUAAACGUCUUGUGUUGUAAUACGUGCAAAAGGCCGUAUGAACAGUCUACAAACGAGGAACACUCUGCCAAGCGUGUAAAACAUGAUGAAGUACACCCAGUGCCAACAGUCAGUGAAGAUGAAUUUUCAUAUAUGGGCGACUUUGCAGUCGUUUAUACAGAUGGUUGUUGCUCAGGAAAUGGACGUAACAGGGCACGUGCUGGAAUAGGUGUCUACUGGGGACCAGGCCACCCUUUAAAUACCAGUGAAAGACUUCCUGGACGGCAGACUAAUCAAAGAGCUGAAAUACAUGCGGCCUGCAAAGCGAUAGAACAAGCAAAGAGUCAAAACAUCAAGAAACUGAUCAUCUACACUGACAGCAAGUUCACUAUUAACGGUAUUACAAGCUGGGUUGACAACUGGAAAACAAACGGCUGGAGAACAAGUUCAGGAGGAAGUGUAAUAAAUAAAGAAGAUUUUGAAAGACUUGAUAAUCUCACAAAAGGCAUAGAAAUUCAGUGGAUGCAUGUUCCCGGUCAUGCUGGCUUCCAAGGAAACGAAGAAGCUGAUAGACUAGCAAGAGAAGGUGCUAGUAAACAAAAGUCCUGACGAACUGGGACUAGAGACCGUUGCAGUGGGAGGAAAAGGACGAAGAUCACAGUGACAUCUUGAACUGCUGUAAUUGUUUCAGAGUUGAACUUUUGAACUGUACUUCUUUCUGGCCUGAAGUGUUAAACAUACACCAACUUCUGGGGAGAAAAACACCA